UAAAUAUUUAAAUGUCAAAAUGGAAAGGGAUUGCCCUAGAACUUAAAAUACUGUGAUAAUGAAAAAUAAACAAUAAAUUUGUUUAUAAAUAUAUCCUUUUAAACAAUUUAAACUAUAUUCAUUUGAUAUAAACUUAAAUUUUAAUAAUGGAACAGGCUGUAGAAGAUUUGGAAAAUAAGAUGAAACAGACUGAUGAACGUAUGGAUACUUUAGUAGUGCAAGUUAGUAACAUAGAAAGUGAAUUUUUUGCAGAAAAUGGUGAACAAAUAGAAGUAAAUAAUCUACUAAAAUCAGUAGGGGAAGUUAGAUCAAAUUAUCAGAAUCUCCGUAAAGACCUUCUCGAAGUGCAAGACCUGCAAAGACAGUUGAGUAGUUCCUUACACCUCCAACUUAAAGUUAUGCAAGCAAAAUUUAAUAACCUCAAAGAAAAGAUUUCCCAGACUCCGGUGAAAUCCGGGCAGUAUUCCAAAAGCGUUAAAGAUCAAUGAGACAGAGAGGUAUUUUCGCAGCAAUUUAGCAGAAUACCAGUUUGGUACAAAACUGUAGAGGACCAGCCCUUAACAGCUUUUUGCUUAUUUUGUGUUGAAGUAGAUCCAGAUGAGUUGAAAAACCCCAUAUAUGAUGGGCCCCAAAUCAGGAGUAGUUUACAGCUUUAGAUAUUUUGUCAACCAUUCAUCAUUUUUUGGCAUACAGACUGAAGCAAAAUGGACAUCGAAAAUAACUGUUGAAAUAUUAUCAAUACUAAAAUAUAUUAUUUAGAUGAAUAGUUCAUUUUGCUCCAGGGUCAAUUUCAUUUGUCUGUUGAUUUUGCACAAAUAUCUAUGUAUUAAGUUAUACAGGGUGUUUGGUAAAGAAUGGGCCAUAGCUUAACCUCAGGUUCCUGAGGUUAAAAUAGGCCGAUUUAAGCUAACUUACCUUAGUACAAAGUUUAUAAUAACCGAGAUACAAGGUGUCAAAGUUAAACUUUUUUUUUAUUUAUUAUUGAAUAUUUCCUGACAGGUAUGAGAUAACAACAUGAAAUUUGGUAUGUGGGGGUUUUUUGGGUCGAGAAAACUAAAUUCCCUACCAAAAAUUAUGUAUUGCCCAGAGGGCGCCACAUAUGCCUUUCAGCACUCAUUUAUUACGUUCAAUUUUUUUUAUCACUCACUCUGUAUAAUUUGGCAUUAAAAUUUUCAUUCUCCUAUUAGUUUUACUUAAAAUAGGUAUACUUCUUUUAUCUCCCUAAACUCAACCGUUUUCGAGAUAAACGCAUUUUAAAUCUGCGAUACACCAUCAUUUUUAGCAUAAUAUCAUUGUAGUUACACCCGAAAAAUAACUUAAAACCAUAAAAUUAUCCAAAAAUGUAUCGCAAAUUUCUUUAAAUGGAAUUUGUGAUGUAAUGACAUAAAUUUGAGAACUGGCACAAUUAUUAUGGUUUUAAGUUAUUUUUCGGGUGGAACUACAAUGAUAUUAUGCUAAAAAUGAUGGUGUAUCGCAGAUUUAAAAUGCGUUUAUCUCGAAAACGGUUGAGUUUAGGGAGAUGAAAAAGUAUACCUUUUUUAAGUAAAACUAAUCGGAAAAUAAAAAUUUUAAUGUCAAAAUUAUACAGAGUGAGGGAUAAAAAAAAUUGAACGUAAUAAAUGAGUGCUGAAAGGCGUAUGUGGCGCCCUCUGGGCAAUACAUCAUUUUUGGUAGGGAAUUUAGUUUUCUCGACCCAAAAAACCCCCACAUACCUCUCGACCCAAAUUUCAUGUUGUUUUCUCAUACCUGUCAGGAAAUAUUCAAUAAUAAAUAAAAAAGUUUAACUUUGACACCCUGUAUCUCGGUUAUUAUAAACUUUGUACUAAGGUAAGUUAGCUUAAAUCGGCCUAUUUUAACCUCAGGAACCUUAGGUUAAGCUAUGGCCCAUUCUUUACCAAACACCCUGUGUAAUACAGAUCAAAAUAACUUUUUCAGUUAACAUGUUAACAAAGUUUUAAUAAGAUAAGAAAUACCAUUAAGAAGUUUAUAAUUGAAAGGUUAAAAUUUUUUUAAGCCUUCAAUAUAUUGUGCAAAUCCAACUUUCUCUAGAUUUUUUUAUUAAGUUUCAGCAUAGAUGUUUAUAUAUUUUUUAAUAUUUGAUAAUUACAUUUUUUUUCUAUGCGAAUUAAGAAAUAAAUUAUAUUAUACAACAAUCAAAAUCUAAUCAAUAAUUUUUUAUGAAAAAUAAUUGUUACUUUUUUAAAUUGAUGUAACAUCAAACAUAUUCAUUUCUUUUUUAACACGUAGAGUUGUACAAGUUAUAUUUCACAAAACAUAGGGCUAUAUUCACAUUCUUAACUCUUACAUCUCUCAUUUGUUUGCUCUGUGUUGUCAUGUGUACUGCAAUAGAUUGGUAUUUGUUUGAUCCACAUUUACUUUAAAUAAUAGUACAGUGGGACCUCGAUUAUCCGUCUCUCCAUUAACCGUCACCUCUGUUAACCGUCAGGGCACAUACAGACGUUGUAUUGACUACAUAAGCAAAAAUUUUAAUGUAAAAAAUAAAAAAAAAGUUAAUUUGAUUUGUGAUGAGGACACAAAUGGCUAUCCAUUGCUGGCAGAUAAAGAAAUCGUUGAAAUGGCAACAAAGGCAGACCAAACAGAUUCAGAAACUGACAGAGACUUGGAAUUUGACUGUAGAUAUGUUGAUGAACCUAUUGUAACUGACAAAUAUUUGUGUAAAUAAUCUAGAGAAGCUGCAUCGCACAUGCAAUAAUUCAUCGAGUGGUAUUCUCAACAAGAAGGAGAAAAUAAAGUAGAUUGCAUGAUCUUAUGCCGAUUAAGAAAUUCAGCCGUCGCAAAAUGUGAAGCAACAGUAAAACAUACAAAGAUUUCAGAAUAUUUUAAAUUGAUUCGAUUGCUCGAACACAAAUCCCUCUUAUAUUGUCAAACAAAACACAAAUGUAAUUUGAGAGUUGUACCAUGAAUUUUUAAUUUUUUUAAAUGUUCUGUUAACCGUCUUUUCGAUUACCCGUCAUACCCUUGGUCCGGUACCCUGAUGGAUAAUCGAGGUUCUACUGUAUGUGAAUUGUAAAUCUAGGUGUACCUGGAAAUGUAUACUGUAACUGCUAAGAUCUAUCAUGUGCUUGUUGUGCCACCAUUUUCUUUAUGGAUUAUCAGUGAUUAUAAAAUCCACUAGUACUAUGGUUUGUUCUUAAACCAGGAGGAGUAAACUAAAAAGACAGAUUCACACCCAAGAAAGUCACUAGAAAAAUCACCAAAUACAUCUUCUUUUUUGGUUGAUCAUAUCGGCGUUCGACGGUAAUCCAUACAUAAUAUUUAUAGAUUGAAGUACUUAUAAAAUAAUUUUCAUAAAAAAAUAUUGAAAAUUAAACGAUUUAUGCGCCAUCUACUGGCACUGUGAGAAUAAAAACAUGGCUCCACUACUGCAGUGAUUGGGACCAAUAGAGAUCCUGAAAUAUAAAAUUUCAAAGUGAUUAUUGAAAUAUAAGUUAUUUCCUAUACCAUCAACUAGGAUUUUUGAAAAAUAUUAAAAUUUGGAAAAAUGACGAAGUGUCCAAUAAAAAAACCCCGUUGAUGGUAUAGAAAAUAACUUAUAUUUCAAUAAUAACUUUGAAAUUUUAUGUUUCAGGGUCUCUAUUAGUCCCAAUCACUGCAGCAGUGGAGCUAUGUUUUUAUUUUCACGAUGCCAGUAGAUGGCGCAUAAAUCGUUUAAUUUUCAAUAUUUUUUUAGGAGAAUUGUUUUACGUGUACUUCUUUUUAUAAUACUUUCUUUUUAUAAUACUAAUAAUUUCGUACUUUUACACUAGGAUAGCCUCUUAAUACGUCGCUAAAGAGUUCUAAAAACACCUGUUUUUUAUAUAAAAGUAGACUAAAAAUCUAAAAAUUAAAGGAAUAACGCAGAAAACAUAAAAGAUCGCUGAUGUAGCUUAUUUAAUCUAUGAAAUGCCAGUUGUGUCAAAAUUUCAUAAAUGUCAUUAGUGUCAAAAUGUUGUAACAGUGGAGUAAACUUGCCUGAGGUUGGACCAAUUACAAACAAGCAUUACGGCACGGUAAAUUUGAAUUACUCCUCUUGGUUUAAAAACAGACGAUACUAUUUUUUUAGUAAGUAUUAUGUGGUCCUGUUAGACGGAGAGGCAGCGCUGAAAAAUCUCUUUGAAUUUACUAAAGCUAAAUUUUUCACAGGUAAUUACUGUGAUUGUGUAGAGAAACAUACUACGGUCGGUCAAGAGAAACGUAGAACAGGGGUUACUGAGAGGGUAUCAAAGUUGCUUUCCUACGAAGGUAAUUAAAUCCAUUUACUAAGGCUGAAAAUCAGUACACACAUUCUAAAUUGAAUAUAAAUAAAAGUUAUUAUAGUCGGUCAGCUGUAUGACGGGACAGAGCCAGUCGGUCGGCCCCAAUGAAUGUACAGGGUUUUUCACUAUAUUUUGACCCCCUUGUAAACUUCUUUAUUUACAGAAUUAGAAAAAAAUGUAAAAUACAAAUUAUUCGAUUUUUUAAUUAUGAUUUUUUGACAUAUAUAUCGUACUAGUGACGUCAUCCAUCUGGGCGUGAUGACGUAAUCGACUAUUUUUUAAAUUGUGUGCUAGCUCAUUUGAAAGAUUAUUCAAUUCUCUAUACAGUACUAUAAACAUUAAGAUCAUUAUUUGUACAGGGUGUCCAAAAUUUUUUUUUUAAUUAUUAAUUAAACAAUUAUUUAAUUAAAAAAUUUUGUUUGGUCACCCUGUAUAAUUAAUCAUGUUAAUGUUUAUAUUACUGAAUAGGGAAUUGAAUAACCUUUCAAAUGAGCUAGCACUCGACCCCUAUUCCCAUUUAAAAAAAUAGUCGAUUACGUCAUCACGCCCAAAUGGAUGACGUCACUAGUGCGAUAUAUAUGUCAAAGAAUCAUAAUUUAAAAAUCGAAUAACUUUUGUAGUUUACAUUUUUUUCUAAUUCUGUAAAUAAAGCAGUUUACAAGGGGGUCAAAAUAUAGUGAAUAACCCUAUACAUUCACUGAGGCCGACCGACCGGCUCUGUCCCGUCAUAAAGCUGACCGACUAUAAUAACUUUUAUUUAUAUUUAAUUUAGAAUGUGUGUACUGAUUUUCAGCCUUAGUAAAUGGAUUUAAUUACAUUCGUAGGAAAGCAACUUUGAUACCCUCUCAGUAACCCCUGUUCUACGUUUCGUUUGACCGACUGCAGUAUGUUUCUCUACACAAUCACAGUAAUCAACUGCGAAAAAUCUAGCUUUAGUAAAUUCAAAGAGAUUUUUCAGCGCUGCCUCUUGGACUAUGUAGAAGACAUUCAGUCAUGAUAACUUCAGAAUGGAUAUUAUUACCUCUUCUUGUCUCUACAUUCCUUCAUAUUGACAACAUCCAUAAAGUCAUAUGUUUCUUUCAAUGAUUACUUAGCAGUCAAUUGAAUGGGUCCACCAAAUAACGUUGUAAGCAGAAAUCAAACAAAAAGUGUUAAAAUUAUAAUAAUGGUAAAUUUCUACAUUUUAAGGGUUAGCAAUACAUUAUACAGUAGUUAGUUACAAACUGUAUUACUAACCUUAAAAAUGUAUAAAGUUAGCAUUAUUAUAAUUUUAACACUUUUUGUUCGAUUUUUUAACAACAAAUAAUCUGACACUUACAACGUUAUUCGGCAGACCCAGUCAAUUGUUGGUACUAGAGCUAUUUUAUUAGCUGCUUUGAUUAUAGAAAUAUAUAGACUUUUACAGAUUUUGAUAGGACAGCUUGUAUUCUAUACUGACUCAUUUACGUGACAUCUCACUUUUUCAAAUACCUUUUUAAUUUGAAUUUUCAAAUUCUUAACUAAAAUAGAAAAAUACAGACUCUUUGCAGUAUACUUGACAAUAAAACUGUAAUGAAUUAUUCUAUUUUUGCAUGUUAUUGUUUGUACUAAUAUGUUCGUAGACAGUGGACUGAUUACUGCAUGUUGUGUUGCUCAUGGUAUCAAUAGUCCAUAUAUUUUUGAUAUUAAGUAGAUCUUUAGUACAAACUAUCGGUUUUUAUUUUAUUUAUGUUUUUAAUUGAUUUUAUACUGAGUUACAGACUGGAGAAUUUAGUUUCUACAACUUUGAAACUGUUUUUAAAUAUAGGUUUGUGAUGAAGAAUCAGCACAUUAGGAAUAUGACACUUCAGUGUAACCUGUAAUCCUUUUUUGUAAGAGUUUUAUUUUAAACUCUAGUAUGUUUUUCUUGAGGUUUUCAAUUUUUCUUAAUUUUUUUCUGUUAUCAACUUCAUUUUAAUUGUUUGAAACUCUCUUUUAUCUUGAGUUGGUACAUUAAUCAUUUCUUUCUUCUGCGCCACCCUUCUUUUAUUGUUACAAUAUUUCCUGGUGCUUGUUCCCUUUAAAAUAAUGAACACUUUGUAUUGCAUUGUUUGCCCUGUUUUCCUAUCACAUGUUCUGCCUCUUUUAGUGUAAAGUUAGUUAUAUUUUGUAGUCGCUGUUUCGCUUCUUUUAUAUUCCCACCUCUAUUAUACUUUUUAGGAAAUUGCUAGAAUAAAAAGUACUGUGCCCAUUGUUUUGAAAAUUUGCAUGAGCAUUUAUUAUAAAAAGAAGUAGGUAUAUGUAAAACAAUUUGCAUAAAAAAAUAUUGAAAAUUAAACGAUUUAUGCGCCAUCUACUGGCACCGUGAAAAUAAAAACAUAGCCCCUCUUCUGCAGUGAUUGGGACUAAUAGAGAUUCUGAAACAUAAAAUUUCAAAGUGAGUAUUGAAAUAUAAGUUAUUUCCUAUACCAUCAACUAGGAUUUUUGAAAAAUAUUAAAAUUUGGAAAAAUCACGAAGUGUUGAAAAAACAUUUUAAAAUUAGCUAAAAUAUUUUCAAUUUCAAUAACCGCCAAAUUGACAUUUUUUAUCCGAUCAAAAAACCUCUAGUUGAUGGUAUUUAAAAUAACUUAUAUUUCAAUAAUAAAUUUGAAAUUUUAUGUUUCAGGAUCUCUAUUAGUCCCAAUCACUGCAGCAGUGGAGGUAUGUUUUUAUUUUCACGGUUCCAGUAGAUGGCGCAUAAAUCGUUUAAUUUUCAAUAUUUUCUUUACGAAAAUUGUUUUGCAUGUACAUAUUUUUUUAAUAAAUGCUCCUGCAAAUUUUCAAAACAAUUGGUUCAGUACUUUUUAUUUUAGAAAUUCCCAAAAAACUAUAUAAAUUUCGCACUUUUACACUAGGAUAGCCCCUUAUAGUCCAGGGUAAUAAGGUUUUUUCCAUGACACUUGAACAGCCAGGGUACUGAAGCGUUUUUUCGACAGAAUACUUUUAAGAGCAAAUUGUAACUAUUUCCUGCGUAGGAUCUGGCGGCCAUUUUUAUUUAUAAACAAUUAAGUGUCAGAAAAUGGCAUUUUCACUUUUUUUUCAAAUCAAUGGAAAACAGGGAAACUUAUGGUUUUUUUUUGGUACAAAUAUC